AGCACACCAAUAUAAGCAAUAACAGUUUCAAAGCGCGCAUGAACCCGCGGAUAAAUGCUAGCUCAAACUAAUAUACGUAUAUAUAACUAUACCUAAAUUGAAAUGUCUAUAUAUCGGACGUGUCAUUACAUUUCUUGAAAGAGAAUCGAAACAGUCGGCCGGUGCAGUGCGGUGCAUAGAUCACAUCUAAACACUAGUGCAGUUCACGAUGGGAGCGCGGGGAUGUAUCUCGUGCCUUCUGCUACUGACGUGCGGACAGAUAGUUCGUUCUCAGGAUUCUCUAUGGGUGGACGUGACCGAUCAAAGCAACCAGACCCUGGACGAAGACGCUGACAUAGAGAAGCGGUACACUCCAGAGCUGACCGAGGAGUUGAUGUCAGCGAAGGCGGAUGCUCUACUGCUCUUCACUGAAUACACGGCUAUAGCUGGCGAAGAACUGAAGUCUUUCCUGAUGAAUGUCACAGCCUACUCCGAUGAUGCCAUACGGAACGCUGACAAUGUUAUUACCUCUGAUUAUAACUCCAAUUGUCGAUCGAAAUUCGAUUCCCGCAUUCGCACGAUCCAGAAUGACGCCCGCCGCGCGGCCAGCUUCAGCGGCGAGAACCAUCACAAGUUCCUACUCGGCCACAUGAUCGUGAUGAGAAUGCAUUUGAAUAAGAGUGAAUCCCUGGUGAAGAAGUGCACCAAAGCGGUGAGAGAUUGCGGCAUCUCUUGCGAGACAAUACCUCGAGUGAAGCGCUGGAGACGCCAAGCUCUGGAGGAGAUCCACCGCGUCCGGGAGGACAUGCAGCACUCCCGCCGCUCCUACAAGGACCUAGUGCUUCAUGCAAGAAGAAAACUCAACCACCUUCACAAACAAGUCAUAAAGAGGUCCAACGAUGCUGUAGACAAGUACCACGAGUGUUUGAGACGUUGAAGCGUGUUUAUUGAGGUUGUAUUGUAUAAAUUCGUCUACGCCCUUUUGAGUUACAAUCUUUUUCUACCUGAUGUUUAGGGAAACGUUAUAUGUGUCUUAGAGACUUGUAGUCGAAUCUCCAUUAUUCCUCUUUUUUUGGAACUUGAAUAUUUUAAAUUACAAAUGGUGUAAUGUGGAUUUAAUACGGGAUCAUUUUUAUUCUAAGACUGGCCGACCCGGCAGACUUCGUAGUGCCUCAAUCGAUAAAUAAAGGACCUAAACAUUUGUAUAAAAUAAACUUAAAACAAACAAAAGGAAUCCGUCCGACGGGGGACACAUCAAAUGAAAAACAAAAUUGUUAUUUUUAUUUAAUUCCGAGCAUUUUCAUAUUUAUCUAUCUUUUAAGCCUUCUCUGGACUUCCACAAAUAAUUCAAGACCAAAGUUAGCCCAAUCGGUCCAGCCGUUCUCGAGUUUUAGCGAGACUAGCGUGCAGCAAUUCAUUUUUAUAUAUAUAGAUAGAUAGAUAGAUAGAUAGACUAUGGCCGGAUCCUCAAGUAAGCGUCCAUCUUGUGUAUUCAACUUACCGUCGCGUCGGGACCUUCAGAAGCGAGGCUCUGGAUGUGAGCCUCCUAAUCACGAAGUCUUUUAACAGAUGCCGCUAUAGAGCACUUAUAUCACAGCUAUCAUCCAGCAAAAUUACUUGAGAUAUUGCAAGUGGAUCGCUAUUUAGAUGCUAUAAAUAUCAGUGCUGAUGCUCUAUGAAGCUCAGAUCCCACUCCACCUCGCUCUUUAUCCCCCACACAUGCUGCAAGAGCCAUAACCAAGGCAAUCAAAUCUGGGGUUUGAAGUAAUUGUCUCCCGGGGUCAAUGGAUUUAAACUUUUGACAAUACAACCUCCGCUGGUCAUUCUAGAAAAUCAUUGAACGUUAAAACUAGCGUACGAUUUUUUUAUAUAUAGGAAAGUACGAACGAUGUUAAUGGAUUGAAUUCUCAAAUAAUUGUUUUUGGGGAGCAUAGUUAACUUAAUUUUAAUUUAAAAUGUUUAUCGUGCCAUUCUUUGAGCGUCGAUUUUUUUUUUAAUUGUCCUUAUAUUUUGAAUUUUUCUUUAUUUUUUUAUUGCCGUAUAGGCAGACGAGCACAUGGCCCACCUGGUGGUGAGUGGUUACCGUCGCCCAUGGACGUCAGCAAUGCCAGGGGCAGAGUCAAGCCGCUGCCUAUUUCUAAAUUGUUAUUUGUUGUUUAGUUAAUUACGUGUGAUAAUUGUUGUGUAAUUAAUUGUUGUUUAGUUCGUCGAAGGCGAAUUGUAGAAAUUUCUCGUAAUAUUAAAUAAAACGCGCAAAACUUUAACGCCACGAUAAUGAUGUUGUGAAAAUAACAAUAAUUAUGUCGGAUAUGAUUUCCGUCAUACGUGCGCGAAUAUGGAAUGAUUGAUAUUUUAAAGAAUUGAUCUGAAAAAUAUAAUCUAGAAGUGGUUAAUUAAAAUUGUUUUUAUUCGAGUAAGCCUUUGUGGCGUUUAAGAACGCACCUUUUUAUGAUGCGUAAGCCGGAACGCACGAGAGGUGGGAAAAAGAAUAUAGUCUGUGACACGGGACCUUUUUACCGCCAAAUAUUUAAAACGUAAAAAUAAUUUAUAAUGUGUUAAAUAACUAAUAUAAUGUUAUUACUUAGAAUGGUUCAUGCCGCUACAAAAAUAAAAUUUAUAUUGUUCCAACUGUGGUGUUAAUUACAUAAAACACGACUUUACGGCGAAAUAAAGAAGGGACUCUAUAUGAACUCCAAAUCAAAAUGAGUUUACCUUUAAUUCGGUAUACAGUUUCACAAAAACACAUACACAAAAGAAAUCUUAAAUGAAUACAUAUAAAGACGGUUUAGCUAAAAGCAUACCCAAGGUUAUGAUGAUCUGUUGUACAUGGAGAAACGAAUUUCGUUUCUAGUUGUAUAGAAAAUACUAUUGCAGUAUUAAAUCAUUCUAAUUUAUUGUUGAAAUUUAUUAAUUUAGCUAUAUUUGUAUAUUACUUGCAGUAAGCAACGCAUUGUUAAAAUUUGACGUAAACUUUUGUAGAACGUAUUUAUUAUCUGUAACUGUGAUAGUAUUGUUUGUUUGUUGUUGAGAAGUCAUAUUUCUAUUUAUUUAUUUUAUUAUUAUAUUCUUGUUUCUGUUAUGGUUUUUAUAAUGAAAUGCCACGUCGGAUGGCAUACAGACACAAAGGAUCGCGGAUUUUUAGUAAUUUCAAUCGUGUUCAUCUUACCGAUAAUCUAUCAGUGAGAUCUAUACAAUUAUCUCAAGGUGGGUGGCGGUAUUUACGUUGUAUAUGUCUAUGGGCUCCGGUAACCAAUUAACAGCUUGUCCACCCAUCUAAGCAAUAAAAUAAAAAAUAAAAAUACUGCAGAAUACGCGUGUCUUGCCAAAAAGGUAAAAAUUAAGCAGGUCUCUCAGAAUUUAUGGAUUCAAGGAUACCUUUUACCUGUACGUCGCCACACACCUUGAUAUAAUGACUGCCCAACUCUUCAACUCACAAAUAAGUAGGAUGGUGACACCUUCCCGUGGCUUCUCAAUGCGCCCUACCUCCAUCAAAUCGCAGUAUUAUACAAUACGUUUGGGCCUAACGCCAGAGAUCUUCCACUGUUUGUUAUCGAUCGGUACUUAUAUGAAAAAUUUCAUUAGCACCAUUAAAGGAUUUGUCAAAUAUCUUGUAUUAUAUGAUAGCUACUGGUACAUCCUCAAAGAAAGCUACUGUAUUUUUUUUCCGUGUAUCCAAUAGUGGUUUCUGAUGAUCCUGGAAGAGUUGUGACUAUUCCAAAUUACCACACCACAUAAAAAUUGAAUUAUUAUUGUGUGCAUAUAUAAUCAAUGUUUUCUGUACUUCGAAGUAUAAAUAUGACCUUUCAUUAACAUAAUAUAACUUGGUUAUUGAAAUAUUAACAUUAUUAUUUAUCCGGUGUUUGUCGAUAUGAUUUGUUUUAAAAGUUUCGUGGCCCUCUAUAGUUAAGUCACUUACGUUCGACGACAUCUUAGGAUAUUCAAAUUAUUUGUCUCCUGAUAUCAUCGACGCUCCAAAGGAGGAUAAUAAUUCGUCUUUUCGCAUUAAAAGUGUACAAUUUCCAAAAAUAUUCGAAAUUGAGUUAAUAUGCGGAAUCAUUUGGUAUCACCAGUAUUUUUCUCAUAAAUACUAUCAAAAGAGCGUAGUUUAGUUUUUUUUUACCUAUAUUUUGACUACUAAUAACAAAAUUAAUAUACAUAAUUCUAUCUUACUUUAAAAGACAGAUAAUGUAACUGGUAAAAAAAAAAAAAAUGUUGCAAAGAUGAUUAAUAUUAAAAAUAUCACAUGUUAAACCUUUAAAACACUCUCCUGUAAAAUUAGUAAGUUUUGAGAUUAUACAGUUUUAAUGCGAGAAGACGAAUUAUGAUUGUAUUUUGCUGUAAGGAGUUGUAACACGGCAGCCUCUAUAAGUGAAUUUGAUAGAUGGUACACAUUUAUAUUAUCGCUUUUGAUAUAUGAUUUCUAAAAAAACAUCUUCAGCGGAUGGAUGGCUGUAAUUUAAUUAGUCGCCUGAGCGAUUUAGGCUUUGCAUUGAUGGCCGGUCCGACCAAGUAACUGUUUCUGUAUGGAAGACUUAUUUAAAUUCGUUAGGGCUCGUCAAAUAUAUCCAGGGGUGAAAGACUAUUUGGUUUAAGCGACAUUUUACUGGUGGUAGGACGUCUUGUGAGUCCGCACGGGUAGGUACCACCACCCCGCCUAUUUCUGCCGUGAAGCAGUAAUGCGUUUCGGUUUGAAGGGUUGGGUAGCCGUUGUAACUAUACUUGACAUAUUAGAACUUAUACUCAAGGUGGGUGGCGCAUUUACGUUGUAGAUGUCUAUAAGCUCCAGUAACUACUUAAUAGCAUGUGGGCUGUGAGCUCGUCUACCAAUCUAAGCAAUAAAAAAAAUAAGAAUACGCGAUAUUUAUCUUUGUAAAGAAAGGUCAGUUUUAUUUGGUAUCAGCAUCAAGAGUUCCAUGUUUUUAAUUGAACUUCAAUUAUGUUUACUCCAUUCAAACAAAGUAUGUUUGAAGAAUGAAGCAAUGUUCUUUUUGUUAUGAUAUUUUUUCCAAAAUUUAAACUAUAAAAUGGUUCUCCUGUAAAGAUGCAAAAAUGUGGCUUAAACCAAACGCCUUUCACCCCUCGAUAUGAAUUUACGAUUUGAUGAUGGGCGCGUAGUGCGUAACCUGUAUUCAGGAGUACUCACGGACACUCCGUUGGCAAAGUGCUGAUUUGAUGUUACUGGAAAUUAACUAUGGUGAGCACAAUCAAUAAUCGCCAAAAAAAACGAAACACAUGUACAUAUUAUACAUAAUAUAACAUUAAUUUAAUAUUGUUGUUUUUAAUAUUAUUUAAAUGGGAUGUAAUUGACAAUGUUAUUUUUGUAAUAAAAAUGUAACAAUUUA